CACGUCAAGUGGACUUUACCAAAGUAUACAACUUACGGUACCCAUAAAAUAUGGAGAUAACUGUAUAUAGUUUAAAUCACAGUAGAAUAGAAAAUGAAAAUGCACGUCAUUUUGUUUAAGUCAACUAGUCAUUUCGUACUCUAUGGUCCCCAAUUAUGCAAAUUCUUAAAUGUCCUCACAUGUUUUCUAAAUAAAUGGAUGUAGAAGUUUUACAAUCAGAUGAAAAUUGUAAAAGUGAAGAGACGGAAGAGGAGUCUUUUGUUGCUGGGAUUAUAUCAGACGCACUGAUCACACGUUCUUGUUCUCUUGACCUCAAGAACCGUAACCUAAAAGAAAUUCCUGAUAGAAUUUCUGACUUACCAAAUCUACAGAAAUUAUAUAUUUCGGAUAACUGUCUUAAAUCUAUAUCGCCUAACAUACUGAGAGCUCUCAGUCAACUUCGUUGGCUAGACUUACGUGACAAUAGCUUAACAAGUAUUCCACCUGAAAUCAAACACCUAGAGGAACUUCAGACAUUACUUUUAGAUAAUAACAAAAUCAAAAUUCUUCCCCUUGAACUUGGUCUGUUAAAAAAAUUGUCUGUUCUACAUCACAGAAACAAUCCAAUUGAAUUUCCCCCUAAUGAAGUAUUGAGUAGGGGGACGAAACACAUUGUGAAGUUUUUACUUGAAUGUUACUUGAGCUUGGUGAAUACAACAACUGACGAAGGCUCUAGUUCACUUGAAUAUAGUACAAAGAAUACUGAGAAUUUGAAAAAUGACAGCCAUAUCAAUGUUCUACAAACAGAACAACUUGUUACGGACGGUAUCAACCAUAAUAACACUGAAUUUACUAAUUUAAUAAAUUCUCUGAAUAGUGUAAACCUCAGAGAUAAACAAAUGCUUCACUCUGUGAGAGGCAUGCAUAAUUCCAUGGAUCUAAAUCACAGUAGUCCGAUUUUUCCUAGGUUCGAGCGAUCCUAUUCUGCUGAUGUCUUAUUUUCUGGUAUUUUACAAAAUGAAAGCACCAGUCAAAAAUCAGAUGAGUCAAAGAAGAUAAAAACUUUCAAUCCGGUUAUCGGACGGUCAGAAUUAUUAAGUGUCUUGGGAAGUAUAACAAAUGCAGAUAAUGAUUCAGUUCAAUACUACGGACAGAAAAUUAAUGGCUCAUCCUACUCACGGGUUUCCAGUAAAUCAAAAAUUUACAGAAAAAUUCAAAGUAAUUAUUUAAAGUCUAAACGUUACACGUCAAAGUCAGAUAAUUCAUUGUUAUGUAAACUACCUAGUCAAACUAGCCGGCAUAAAGCUUUUUUGUUGGAAGACCCACCACAACCGACUUUAGAAAAAAUACGUCUGAUUUAUAAGCGAGAACAAAAACGCAAAGCUCGUAAGGAGUUAAUGUUGAAGCAGGCAUCACAAAUACAGCGCAUGAACAUAAAUUGGCUUUAAAUCUAUUGAGUAUAGUUAUGUUAACAAAGAGUGAAAGACAUAUAUUUCUUCAAGAGAGGGACCUUGAAAAAUUAAGCUGUCAAGUAUAUACUUUAUAACUGUAUAUUUACGUAAACGUGAGGGAUAUUUUGUAGCGGAUAUGAUUUUUCCUAGUAUGAUAACAUAGGCAUACUCGACAUUCAGAUAUUUAUGCAUUGAACCUAUGAAAAUUAAUUCGAUCGAAUACUUGAUGUGUGGUGAAUGGUACGAAUGAUGCAAAUUUGUAGAAUCCUAUCGGUUAAUUAGGUUGGUUUUGUUAACAAAUUUGAAGUUUUCUGACUUUUAACGUACAUUUAUCAAUACUGAAGUUCUAUUUUCGGCACUUGUUUGUUCAUUUUUGCUGGUCCGUUGGCGUUGAGCCCUGUUGACCGUGCUUGAAGCAAAGGACGAUGCAAGAAUAUCAGUUGGAAUUAACUCUACAGUUUACUCAUGUCAUUGUUCUGUAGACGUUUCCGUAAUUAAUUUCUAAAGACAAUUAUCGUUUUAUUCGAUCAGAUGUGGCUGGUGAUCUUUUGGCAGUAAAUGGUAUCUUGCAUAAUCACUAGGUAAUUGGUGGAUUAGCCCAUGAAUAGUGUUCUAAAGUCAAGUGUUGAACUUUAUUAUCCCAACCGAGAUAGGCAUGUUUUUCAAAAAGUCACUGAAUUAGUAUGGUCAACUGUGUAAUUAUAAUGUCACCACAAUUAAAGUCAAAAUGUUGGCAAAGGAUGUGCAAUUAUAUUAUGAACUAGAAUGAAUAGUUAAAUAUCACAGUAAAAUAUCGAAAGCAAGUUCAACCAAAGUGUAUGUUGCAAUUGUUUCAGUACGGUCCUUCAACUGUCAAAAUUGACUAGGAAUUUAUCCCAUUAUUUGUUUACAAAUUUUGCCAGUGGCUUAUAAUAGAAAUUAUUAAUACAACUAUCAGCAUAGAUGAAUGAUGGCCAGCAGUAGAAUACAGAACGCGCCUUUCGUCUUAUUUGGUACAUGUUCGCUGGAUGAGCACAGAGUCCUAGACAUCAAUUGGAAAAUUCAAAAACCCAAAAUAAAUGAUUUUAACUUUACUCCAUUUCACAAACCAGUGGAUAUCUGGACUCAGCAACUAACUGGAUAAUGCAAUGAUGUUUACAGUGAUCGGUAAUGAGUUUGGGAAACGGAAUGAACAUCAACUCCGUAAUGCAGAUACAUCCGUCUGACGAACCCCAAAAUGGGACGAAGUGACGCAUGUUUUGGGUUCCACUGUUAGCCAUCACCGAUCUCUGUUUAAAAUGCUUGUGAACUGCUGGCAAUAUCGAAGAGAUCCCUACAGGAUGCACAUAUGCCAUAUACCGAUCAGAUGCAAUCCUAAACAUCAAUGUAAAGAUUCAAACAGUCAACACAAAUGAAUUAUCAUUAUUAUGGACAGAUUAUUAGAAGUAACACUUUUGAACUUUACCACUGUAAUCAAUUGUUUGGUAUUAAAUUUUAUCUUCACUUUCCAAUCUAGAUUAAUCACUUUACCAAUUUAUUAAAUAUAGAUUGCAUUGGUAAAUUUACUGAAUCAUCUACAAUACCAGUUUUCCUCAUAAUCUGUGAUAAGUCAUAACUUCCUUUCAAGAAUUUUUCCUUGAUAUGCAUACAACGAGAUUCGUUUUCAUUAUAGUCAAACAGUAGGUUGAAUGGACAAAUGUAGCUAUUACUGAAGCUUUUUGAAUUUUCGGAAGUUAACCUCAUUCUUCACUACUUCUCUUGUAAUGUUUCCUGUUGAUUCGUUGAUUUUCUUCAAACUUACAGUUGUGAUAUGCGAUAAGUUGAGUCAUUGUAUAUAUUUCAAAUGGAAUGUGUCUUUAUUGAUAAUACUCUCUUAUAAAAACUAAAGAUUCAUCUAUCUUAUAUAGAGGAAUCAGUAAUAACCAUUAACAUCAUCGUAACAAUUAGAAUGAUUUCAGUAGAGAAACAUCGGAUUGUGCAAUUCAGUUCGAUUUGGCUUCUAGUUAUAUCAAUAAAAUCAUUUUUUUAAAAUAAAUCAAAAUUAUUUUGCUAAACACUUCAACGUAUACUUGAUAAAGGCAUUCUAUUCAAGAAAAUGAUUGUUUUUUUAUUUUCUCUUGGUUCAAGAAACGCUAGUUGUAUUUCAGACUGGCGUGAUGAUUAUACCUUAUAUCAAAAGACGAAACUGUAUGAAUAUUUAAAGAAAACAUAUGAGGAAAUAAAAGAAGAAGCUGAUCAAAGAAUUGUCAGUGGACCGCUUGAUGUAAACAAAGACCAUUUAAAGAUGAUUGACAGUAGUGAAUUGAACAGCUUACGUAAACAACCUAUUAAAAAAGAACGUCCUGCUAAUUUAGAUUCAGCUACUGUGCUGCAAUUGGAAUUAGCAAGGUAUGCAAUUUAUGCUUUUUUAUGUUUGACUAAAUUAUACAAAUCUGCUUCUAAAAUAUGUGCCGUAAAUUUCACUGGAAAGAACGGUUACUGAGGAAUUUUGAGAGAGAUGCUUGUUUAA